AUGCCAACCCCACAAACAACGACCGCCGCUCAGACUCCACCGCUAACCAACCCCGGAAACCCUCUCUUUCCCAACCUCUGCCUCGUUCACCAGCUGGUUGCACGAACUAUUCGACAACACCCCUCGGAAUCUGGCUCAAGAUUUCAAGAAAACUCCAACAUUCCCUCCAUCUCCUACGAUGAGGCCAUCGACUGCGCUCUCUGCUACGGCUGGAUCGACGGCCAGCGCAAGGCCCUCGACUCGCUCUACUUCCUCCAGCGAUUCACCCCCGAAGGAAGAACAGCAUGUGGUCCAAGCGCAACGUCCAAAAAGGUUGCUGCCUUGACCUAG